AUGGGUCGCAAAAAGAGAAAGACUGUGCGCCCCUGGUGCUGGUACUGCAACAGGGAAUUCGAUGACGAGGCGGUUUUGAUUCAGCAUCAGAAGGCCAGGCAUUUUAAAUGUCAUGUCUGCCACAAGAAGUUGUUCACUGGGCCUGGACUGGCUAUUCAUUGUGUUCAGGUUCACAAAGAGACAAUCGACGCGAUUCCAAACUCGCUAGACCGCCGAAGUGAUCCGGAAAUUGAAAUUUACGGAAUGAAGGGAAUUCCCAUCGACGACAUGGUCAAACAUCAACGAGAUGUCAACGCACGCCAUGGAAAACGGCCGAAAAUCGAGGAAGAUGACAGCGAUGAUUCUGACGACUCAGAUGACUCCGGCGAUGAGAACUCGCAAUUUAAUCCGAUGAUGAUGAUGCAAAUGAUGCAGUCGAUGCAAGGAGGAGGAGCUGCUGCUGGAGGAGGCGCAGCCGCACCGAAUCCGAUGAUGGCGAUGAUGCAAAUGAUGAUGCAGAAUCAAGCUGGUGGUGGAGCAGCAGCACCAGGAGCUCCAGGAGCGCCGGGCCAAAUGCCAGGAAUGAUGGGAAAUCCGCGAAUGCCUGGUAUGGGCGGACCAAUGGGCCAAGAAAAGCAGAGUAGAUUUUCUGGGCAAGGAGGCGCCCCGAGGCCGCUCUUCGCUGGAGGUGUUUCUGGUAAUCAUGCUCCGCCGCCGCCAUCGAUGCCGCCAGUGCCAACAGUUGGUAAAGUUGUCGUUCAGUCGAAAAACACGAGAAUUAUGCACCCAGAGGAAGAUAUAUCACUAGAAGAGCUCAAAGCGAGGAAAUAUCAGCAUUUAGCUGACAGAAGCGGACCAGUACAAUUUAACUUCUCCAAGCCGCAACAAAAUAACAUGCUGCCCUCGCACAUGGACAAUGGUGGGCCUGGUGGCGAUGGUGGCUAUUCCAACGCUUUUGAUGGUCCAGCUCGGCAACUCCCUCGUACCGCGAUGAAAGGUCGUUUACCGACCCGAGGACCAGCCCGUGGUGGCUUCGGAGUCCGCACCGGUUUUGGUGUCCGCCCGCGAUUCUGA